CUCUCUCCCCCCUGUUUUGUCUCUUCUGUCAUCUUCCCUUUUCUCCUCUCUGAUGUCCAUUCGAAAUCUAGGGUUUUCUCGGUGGGUUUUCUUUUUCUAUUAGACUGUUAUCGUAGGAACUGCUCCGCCUACGGCCUCGUUCCUUAGCCCUCUUUGCUUCCUCAGCUGUUCGCAAUUUCAAAAUCUGUAAUUUCCUUCUACUUCUGGGCUCAAAGUUGGCUUCUUUAUGGUUUCUUCGUUAGUCUCGUCCCUUGAAUUCUCGUGGGAUUUGGCUAAAAUCUCGACUUGAUGAUUGGGUUUUCUCCAUUCUCAGGAAAAACCUCUGUAAAACCCUGACGCCAUUGUUGAUUUCUCUUCUCUCUCUUGGAGAUAGUUUAGGUUAGCCUAUUAGGAUUCUCGUACCCAUCUUACCUUCUUCGAUUUCUAGAUUUUUUUUUUCCUGGGCGGUGGAGAUUUUGUUUCAAAGUUUCGUCCUUUCACAGACUCUCCCGCUCUCACAAAAAAAAUUUAGGAACCCUAGAAAUCUCUGUCUCGUUUCCUAUUUAAUUUUUAAACCCUCAGGGAGAAGCUUUCUUAGAGUUUUAAAUGCAUGGAUGGGCGAGAAGCUAUGGCAUUUCCCGGCGCACAUUCUCCGUACUAUCACCUCCAGAGAGGAGCCUUCAGCGCAAUCUCCGCUUCCCAGGCGGCGAGUGCACGUCACGCGCCGCCAGGGAUGAGGCCCUUGUCGAACCCUAACAUGCCGUCUCAUUCCAAUGCAGCACCUCCCUUCUCCAUCGAUGAGCACAGGCACCAGGAUUUUGGCCAUGGUAUUCACAUGGGUAUGGCUUCUUCCGCGGCGGUGCAACCGCCGACGCCGGCGACGGAGCCGGUGGUGAAGAAGAAGCGUGGACGGCCGAGGAAAUAUGCUCCUGAUGGUCAGGUCUCUCUCGGGCUCUCUUCAUUCCCCUCAGCUAAUAAACCUAAGGGGUCUUUCAUGUCCGAUCCCAAUGCCCCGAAACGAGCCAGAGGCCGGCCUCCGGGAACGGGGAGGAAGCAGCGGUUGGCUAAUCUUGGCGAGUGGAUGAACAGUUCAGCCGGGCUUGCUUUUGCGCCACAUGUGAUCAGUGUUGGAGCAGGGGAGGAUAUAGUGUCAAAAAUUCUGUCGUUCUCGCAACAAAGGCCAAGGGCCGUGUGUAUAAUGUCCGGCACUGGAACAGUUUCAUCAGUAACGUUACGUCAACCUGCAUCCACAGUGCCUUCUUUGAAGUUCGAGGGGCGGUUUGAGAUACUUUGUUUGUCGGGAUCUUACUUGGUGAAUGAAGAGGGUGGCCCCAGAAGCCGGAGUGGUGGUAUUAGUGUAUCGCUUUCUAGCCCCGAAGGCCAUGUCAUUGGUGGUGGAGUUGGAAUGCUUAUUGCAGCCAGCCUCGUCCAGGUGGUGGCAUGUAGCUUUGUAUACGGAAGCUCAAAGGUGAAGACAAGCAAGCAAGAGAACAACUGUCCAAAGGAAGACAAUGGAGACGACAACAACAUGGGAACCCCACCAACGGCUCAGUCACCCAACUACUCGGCUCCUCCUGCGUUGACCGGAUGGCCUGGUAUUGACUUGACCCGUGGUUGACUAUAUAACAUGAACUCCAUAUUUCUUCCCAUCGCCAUGAUGCUAGUAGUAGCAGUUGUAGUAGUACAUAGAUGUGUUGUUGUAGAUUUUUUUUUUAUUUUUUACUUGUGGGGAUUUUCUGGGAAAUGUUUCAGAGGAAAAUUUCCAGAUUGGAGUCAGUCAGUUCCUAGGAAAGGAUGAGACCCUCUUCUUUUUCUCUGAGUUCAUAACAUUUUCAGUGUUGAAAGGAUCCUUCUUCAUGUGUUUUUUUAAGGCAUCGAUCAUCAUAUUAUUCAGGAACUCUUGGAUUC